UCCUGCAGCCCCCGCCCCCUCCUCAAACAUAAAUGACGCUGACAAAGUGAGGGAAUUGUACUGAUAUCUGUCUGCACAUAAACAAAGGCACAUUGCAAUCGGAGCAGCGUUCACAACACACGAGAAAAGGGGGCAGAGCAGCAGUUUCAAGCACUUUUAUCCACUGAUGAACUCGCGUGAAGGAGAAGAAGACUCCGGAUCUGCACCAGAACUAAAUCAUUCAUUGGAUGUGAUAUUUUAAAGACAACUGUUUCUGGAUAAUACCCAUGAUUAAGCUUGGACAUCUACUCGCAACUUGGAAGGCUAUUUGAUUACAUGUAAAGACGGAACCGUCACAGCAAGCAAAUCUUGGUUCGCAAGAACUUCCCCCAGCGAGUCCGAGCGCCGACUCAGUGCUUCGAAGUGCCGAGAGCGGCCAAUCCAGAGACUACGCAUCGACAGCGGCCGAGCCUCUGGCAGUCCACCGAGCCAACAUUCAGCGAGCCACAUAUCUCCCUCCCUCAGCACACACAGACAUGCCCUGUGUGCAGACUCAGUACAGCUCGUCGCCACAAGGUGCCAGCUUUGCAGCUCAGAGUUAUGCUUAUGGUGGGGAUUACAGCUCUGACUUUGUGCACACUGAAUCCCCCUACAUGAAGUUUGGCAUGGACAUGGGCAGCACUGAAAUCACAGCCACGACGUCCUUGCCCAGUUUCAGUACCUUCAUGGAGACUGGCUACUCGGGCAGUUACGAGUUCAAACCAUCGUGCGUGUAUCAAAUGCACUCUUCUUCCUCGCACAGACCCCUCAUUAAACUGGAGGAUGCCUCCCAUCACAGCUACCAGCCAUCGAUUCAACAUCAAACGGAGGAUAUCAUGCCGUCGACCUCCAUUUACUUCAAGCAGUCUCCCCCGUCAACUCCAACAACGCCGCAGUUCACAACUUCGCAGCCGUCCAUAUGGGAUGAGUCUCACACGUUGCCUCCAGUGGUCCAGACCUGCAUGGGCUCGGGUCAUAUGUUGGAUGCCUCAUCUCUGAAGAACGCACCACCGCGGUUUCCAGUGUUCACCUUCAAGCAGUCUCCGCCACACACUCCGGCCUCCAGCAGCCACAUGUGUUACGAGCCCACACUGAACAUGCCUAUAGGAGCCGAGAGUGCGUCAGCACAGUCCGUCAUGGACACUCAUCAAUACCCGCUACACUUAGUCAAGGGGUCCGGUUUGGGCUUCCACCCAAUGGCUGUUGGCCAGAGUAGUCAAAGCCUACCCUCUCCCCCGAACAGAGGGUCAUCUUCUGCAGAGGGGAUGUGUGCUGUCUGUGGAGACAAUGCAGCCUGUCAGCAUUAUGGAGUCAGGACCUGCGAGGGAUGCAAGGGGUUCUUCAAGAGGACGGUGCAAAAAAAUGCAAAAUAUGUUUGCCUAGCGAAUAAAAAUUGUCCUGUGGACAAGAGGCGGCGUAAUCGAUGCCAGUACUGCAGGUUCCAGAAAUGUCUCAGCGUAGGGAUGGUUAAAGAAGUGGUCCGUACCGAUAGUUUAAAAGGGAGAAGGGGUCGUCUGCCUUCCAAACCAAAGAGCCCUCUCCAGGAGCCAUCCCCACCCUCUCCUCCAAUCAGUUUUAUGAAUGCCCUUGUGCGGGCACUUGUGGACUCCACCCCCAACAGUCACAAUUACUCCCAGUUCUGUGCUACUGAACAGCCAACAACUGGAAAUGAUGCUGAGUAUGUGCGUCAGUUCUAUGAACUCCUUGCUACCUCGAUGGAGGUCACUCAGAAUUGGGCUGAAAAAUUACCUGGAUUCAGUGAACUUCCGAAGGAAGAUAAGACUUUCCUCAUUGAAUCUGCCUUCCUCGAACUCUUUGUACUGAGACUUUCUCACAGAUCUGCCCCAGCAGAGGAUAAGUUUAUGUUCUGUAAUGGACUUGUUUUGCAUCGACUUCAGUGCCUUCGUGGAUUUGGUGAAUGGCUUGAUACAAUCAAGGAAUUCUCUACAAAUUUGCAAAGCCUUAAUUUUGAUGUUUCAACAUUUGCAUGUCUAGCAGUUCUAGUUAUGAUUACAGAUCGCCAUGGGUUAAAAGAACCAAAGAAAGUGGAAGAGUUGCAAUCCCAAAUCAUUGGUUGCUUGAAGGAACACAUGUUUUGUAGCCCUGGAGAAAGCAAAGGGCAGCCGUUAUCCAAGAUAGUGGGGAUCAUACCUCAGCUGCGCUCUCUCUGCAUGCAGGGGCUCCAACGCAUUUUCUACCUAAAACUGGAGGACCUGGUGCCACCCCCAGCCAUCAUCGACAAACUGUUUCUGGAUACACUGCCUUUUUGAGAUGUGUUGCCUCUUUUGUUUUUCUUGACAAAUACACAUUUCUGUAACCAAGUGGAUUGUGUUUGGGGGGGAGGGGGGGCGGGCGGGGGGUAAACAGCUGGUGCUCUGGCCUCUGUACCCAACAAAGCAGCUCUUAAUGUCCAUACCCAAGAAUAUUUCCUGGCUCUUUAUUCUGGAGGAUCCUAUACGUUAAACGGUCUGCUUGCUGCUUUUGGGAAUGCUAGCACAGCUCCUUGGGAACGAAACCUGAUUGAAAUGGUUUAUCUGACUUUUUCUUUCAAUCUGCAAACGUAUCUUCCCAAAAUUCUUGGGUGACUGAUAUAACAUUUUAAAAAAUGUUAACAAAAAAGUUGUUACAAGGAUAGUAUGCUUUUUAUUGUGAUUGAUGCCUUUAGUAUAGCUCCUGAUGUGUCAUAGAAACAGCAAGCGGUGGUGCGAGGAGUCACGUCUGAUGAAGAGUUCUGUUUUUAGAAUGCAGUUAUGAAAGCCUGUAGGCUCACCUGUCCAAGUGCAAUUCUUUUGAAAGUGCUAGAAACUUCAAGAAGUUUAUUUUGAUGGUUUUGUUUUUUCAAACUCUAAUUUAUUGUAAUACUAAAGGAAUUUGAUGAAAUACAAGAAACUAUUGGCACUAACUUUACUGACAAAGUUACCUGAACUUGAUUUAUAGUGAUAAUGUGUACCAAUUUAAAAGUACAAAUGUUGCAGGGACACUUUGUGUACCAGAAGAGCAUAUAUAUAUAUAUAUAUAAAGUAUAUAUAUAUGGGAGUCAGGAGUGGGUGCGUGUGGGAAACCCAUUUUAACUUUUACAAUCUUUAACAAAGUGUUUUAAGGAUGAUUGUGUACAGUUUGGACAGAAGGAUAUCAAAAUAAAGGAAAGACCAGAUCUACCAAGUCAGAAUUAGUUGUUCCACCAGCCGACUUUACAAAUCCAGCAGGUCCUACUGAAUACUGUAGUUGUAAGAAUGUAGGUGCUAGUAGGAUGCAGUCAGCUGCAUUAAACAUUCCGUGUUUGUAAAAGUUUUUUUUGUAUGAUGUUUAUACUGUUGAUGCCAUAUACUAAUACAAAAAUACUUUUGUUGCAUAAUGUCUUUUUCUAUAAAGAUUAUAUGCAUGUUAUUGUAAUGGCUUUUGCUUGUAUUUAUUGCGACGAUUGCUGGUUGCUCAGAGUAACUCUGCAGGCUGAAUUCAGGAACCUUAGCUGUUAAAGGGGCAGUGCCUUGCUUUUGACAACAGAGUGAAUUCACAAACCAUCUCUGUGCUCCCUUAGCAUCCUAUAGUGUUCUAUUGUGUUAACCUGUGUGUUUUCAAAUGUUGAGUACAUUGUACAUAGAUAUGUAAAUUAAAACAUUAAAUUGAAUAACAUUUUAUCAUAA